AUGACUACUGAACCCAACGGCAGCGCAAGCGACAUUUCAAAUGAGACAGAUUAUCUUAAAGCCUUCCAAGAGCUCGCUCGAGGCGAACAAACAGCCACUGCGCUUGAGAAGAACCUUUCUGCGCUAGAGAAGAAGAUUGAUGAGCUUUUAGCGAAGGCGACCGAAGACGAGAAACUACUACCGACUACCGCGACAUCUCCAGAGACCGAUACCAGCAAGAAGGAACCGAGCAAAUGA